AUGUCGAAUCCCAAUCCCAAAAUAAUAUACACCAACCCGGCUCUCGAGCGGUCUGGGUACAACCCACAUAGCGGGACCGGGAACAAUACGCAGGAUGCGCGGAAUCGGACUGACGAGGUCCGGACGUCCAAGCGGGUCCUCCCUGCCAUCACGCACGUCGAUAAGGACAAUGGAAUGUUCUACGACGAGCUGAACCGGGUGCGCAUCUUCCGGGGGAUGGCAUUAUCCUAUAAGAUCGCCCCAUUCCUACCCAUGAUUGACGCCUUCAAUCCCGUCAGCUCAUUCGCGGAGGACGAUCUGCGGCUCCUCGACAAGCUCAACCUCAACGUCAUCCGGCUGGGCAUAUCCUGGGCGGCGGUACAACCCCGGCGGGGUUCAGACGGGUUCGACACAGAGUAUCUGGCGAGGAUACGCCAGAUGGUCCAGACCUGGGAAGACGCGGGGCUGUACGUCAUUAUCGAGUGUCACCAAGACCUCUUUGCAGAGAAGUUUAUGGGGGAUGGCGCGCCAUCAUGGGCUAUCACGAGGGACUGGAACACCCUCCCGUUCCCUAUGCCAGUCCAUGGGCUCGCGAGGGCAAAGUACGACCCCCUCCUGGGCGCGGACUCGGCGCCCACGAACAUGAACUACACCGAUUCGUGGGGGUUCCACUACGUCUCGGACUCGGUCACACGGGCGUUCUGGGGACUGUACACCAACUACGAGGGGGUGCAGGACGAGUUUGUGGGUUUCUGGGGAAAGCUGGCAGAGACGUUCACGGGGAUGAACAACGUUAUCGGAUAUGAAAUCAUCAAUGAACCCUUCGUCGCCGCCCGCUCGACCCUGCACUUCCCCCUAGCCUGGCUCACCCGGGAUCGGACCGACAAGAACUUCCUUCAACCCAUGUACGACCGCGUCGAGGCUGUCAUUCGGCAAUAUGACUCGCGCGGGCUGAUCUUCUGGGAACCGGUCGCGGGUUCAGGCGGAAGUCUGGGCGAUGGGUUCACCAAGACGCCAGGGGACCGGCCAGACAAGAGCGUGUUCUCGUUCCACUCUUACGGACCGAACGCGAUCGACUCGCUCACUAUGGAAACGGCGAUCACGAAGGGGGUGUACCAGGCCAAGCGGCUCGGAGGGGGCAGGAUGUUGACCGAGUGGGAUGUCGAGUAUGUGCAGGGACCGAGGAGGUUGAAGCGGGUCGGCUGGCAAUUCAAGCAAUUCGCCCGUGUCGCCGGCUCCCCACCACACGGUACCCUCGUCGACCCCCGAACCGGCGUCUACCGACCCGGAAUGUGCAAGCUCUUUUCCCGCCCCUAUCCCUCCGCCGUAUCCGGCGAGCUCAUCGGUUUCGCCUUCAAUUGGACCACCUCGGAACUCACCGUCGACGCCGCUCCGCCCUCUUCUGGCGAUGCCGAGAUCAUCAUCUCCGUCACAGAAGAAGAGCUCUGGGGAUGGGAAGGAUCCUGGCGACUACAAUCCGUCUCUCGGGCGGACGGCGAGCGCAUCGGCCAUGUUCGCGUGGAAGAUGAGUCGGAGCUCGACGUGAAGGGCAAAGGCGUCCGGUGGUGGGUUGAAAGAGCGUGGGUCGAGGGGAGUAAGCUCGUCAAGAUUCGCUUGGGGACGGACUGGACGGGUCCGGCCAAGGUGGUGAUCGGUCUGAGCGGGGCGAGUGGGGCGGGGAUGCAAGAGUUGCCAGAGGAGCAUGAGUUUGAUCAGCAUUGGGACUUUGAUGCGAGUCAUCCCCUGAAUGGGAGCUGGAACGACUGGAAGAUGUAG